AUGGCCAACAAGCAGCAGCAGCAGCAACAACAGAAACAGCAGGGCGAGCGGUCACCGCCCAUGCCGCGCAAGCGCCGGCGACGCGCGGUGGGCAGCGGUGCGGCGGACGACUGCUUUACGUGCGCGGGCCGCCAGGUGCGCUGCGACCGGCGGCGGCCAUACUGCACGCCGUGCCUGGAGCAGGACGGCCGCUGCUCGGGCUACAAGACGGCGCUGACCUGGGGCGUGGGCGUGGCCAGCCGCGGCAAGCUGCGUGGCCUGGCGCUGCCCGUGUCCGGCGCGCAGAAGGUCGGCACCACGACUCCCACCGCCGCCGCGAAGACGCCCGUCACCACCGCACCUCCCGCCCCGGCCCAGCUCCCCCAAAGCGGCGCCCCCGAGCCCCCCAACACCCCCGGCCUGCCCGUCCGUGCCGGCUCGUCCGCCCACCACGCCCAGUGGCCGUCCCCGUUCACGCUGCACCCGCACCCGCACCCGCACUACACCACUCCACCCAGCCCCUCCAGCUCAGACCUCUCGCUGCACCUCCUCACCACGCCCACAAGCCACUACGCCGAUGGCGCCUCGUUUGAGCCCGACGACCCUCGCGACCGGCCCCCGUCCGACGCCCUCGCGCCCGCCCUCGCCCGCUACAGCUACCGGUCGCCGCCCGCCUAUGCUCCCCUCGUGCACCAGCCGCCGCUCAACCAGAUCGUCGGCCAGACCCCGCGCAUGCGCUAUCUCAUCGGAUACUACAUGGAGGUCAUUGCCCCCGUCAUCGUGGCGUUUGAUACCCCCACCAGCCCCUUUCGCCUGUACAUGCUGGAGCUCGCGAAGACCAGCGACACGCUCCAGCUGGCCAUUGCUGCCCUGUCGCUGAGCAAUCUGAGACAGCGCCGCAAGAACUGGGCCCUGUCGACCGGCAAGACGCUGCCUUCGCGCCGCUCCUGCCAGGCCCACUGCCGCCUCACCGACACCGCCGUCGCCGACGUGUACGAGCUCCCCAGCCCGGACGAGCAGAUGCGGGAGGAGAUCCUCUACAAGGGCGCCGUCGUCAAGUCCAUAAAUGCCCAGCUGGCCGACCCCAUUGCCCGCCGCUCCGAUGCCCUGCUGGCCACGCUGCUGAUCCUCAGCAUCAUCCACAUGUGCGACACCGGCUUUGCGUCCUUCAAGAGCCAGUUUGCCGGCGUGCGCAAGCUCUUUGCGCUGCGCAAGGCCAGCCAAACCGCCGGCUCGGACGUGAUGAAGUGGUUCAUGCGCAUCUUCACCUGGUUCGACACCAUGACCGCUGCCGUCAACGACCGCGACAGCGAGCUCAGCGCCGAGUGCCUCGACGUCGUCACCGAAACCGGCGACCAAUGGUCGCUGGAGAACCUUUCCGGCUGUGAUUCGCGGCUGUUCCGAGUGGUCGCCCAGCUCAGCCGGUUAAACCAAUUGAGUCAGAUGAAGCCCGUCGAAGCCAGCGACUUCGUCGACCGGCCCAUCGCUUCGGCCACGCCUCCUCCCCAGCUGCUCCAUUACCCUGGACUGGCCGGCCCAAGCGACCCCCGCGGCGACCUGCUAAGCUUCCCCGUGCAAGCUUACUUUCCGGGCUACGAAAGCGCGGACCCGCGAACAGAGUUUUGGCUGGAAUGGCGUGCUUUGAAAGUCCGACUGGAAACCUGGCGGCUGGGCGUGUCGGAUCCCGCCGUCCUGGCAGUGAUGACUACGGGCCCGUUGACCCCAUCGUCCGCCACAGGGGCCGCGGCGUGCCCCUCGCCGCUGGUCGAGCACGUCGCGUCGUCGCUGUCGCCCUUCGCCCGCGUGGCGCCCGCCAACCUCUCGGACAUCGCCAACAUCUCGGAGUCGUUCCGCUACGCCGGCCUGCUGUACCUCGAGCGGCUGGCGCACCCGCAGCUGCCGUCGAGCCACCUGCGCAUCCAGAGCCUGGUGUACGCGGCGCUGCACUACCUGGCCGCCGUGCAGUCGGACGUGUUCCUGCUGUGGCCGCUGUUCAUCACCGGCGCCGAGUGCGUGCUCGAGGCCGACCGCAACCUCAUCCGCGAGCGCUGCGGCGACAUCCAGAAGGACUCUGGCUUCGUCAACAACCUGUCGUGCCUGCAGCUGCUGGAGAAGAUCUGGGCCCGGGAGUCGCCCGCCGCCGUCGUCGUGGGGGGCGUGAAGCUGGAGGAGCAGCUGGCCGCCCCGCCGCCGCCACGGGUCCCGCUGGGGGGUGAGGGGUUUAAGUGGAGGGCCAUUAUUGACUCGGAGAAGCUGAUCCACGAGUACAUUGUUGUUUGA